UCGAAAAGCAAUCUCGGUUUUCGCGCGUCUGUGCUAAGGUGUCGAUCAAUAUACGUAGUGUGGGCCGAGUGCGAGAGUGCGCAUGUACAGUUUCGGUUCGAUAGCGACGGGAUCGCUGCAUUCUGCCCCGAAAUUUUUGCGACCGCGAACGAAACGCAUUUAAGCGCUGUAUCCUGACGAAUAUCCUGACGGAUCACGAGAAUACGACAGGAUGUCGAGCAACAAGUGCGUGAAACAACCGCGUAAGGCCUACACGAAGGAACAGUACGAAAUGUCGCACUCCGAGAAGCUGAGACUGAUCGACGACGAGUUGAACUCCUUUUACAAAUACUGUCAGCAAGCUGGCUUCACCGAGGAGGAGAUGGACAUCAUUUGUCAGCCGCUGGUAGCGGCGAUGCGUCGCUCUUGGUUGCAGCUGGUCUUUCGCGGUACUCUAGUGCUGAUAGUGCUGGGUACACUGGUGUGCCUGGCGGCGCAGCUAGAUAUCGUCGGCACUCAUUUCACCGCCAUCAGCCGUCUAUUGUUGAUCAAAGUGUUGCCGAUCUGGAACUGGCAGCCGCUCUAUUACGAGAACUGUAUGAUCAACAAUCCUUUCUACAACGACUAUAUCAUCACCGAAGAAGAUUGCGUGACUUGCGAAGCGUUGGAGACGAUCGAUCGUCUGUCGGACGUGCGCUAUCGUAAUUUGGUCGACAACUACCUGAGUCGCGACGCACCGGCUAUCAUCACCGAUGCGAUGGACUCAUGGACGGUUAUGAACACCGACUACUUCUGGUUCGACAAUAUUACCCACCUUUACCUGGAGAACGAACGGCUGAUGGAGACAGUACCAUGCGCGCUCACCUCGAAUUUACGAACUGGUUCGUCCGAUCUCGCCGCGUUCCUGCGACGCGUGCACGCGCCCGAAGUGGCCAAGUGGUUCGUCCACUGGCAAAAUUGUGACAUCAACGCUGUGAAGGUCCUCAGGAAGUUCUAUCAACGGCCGUACUUCCUCUCCAGCACGGUUUCGCCGGCACACUUUAACUGGGUGCUCAUGUCCUCGGACUACAACAGUCCGAGCUACAAGAAAGUCGAGCUCGACUCCGGUCUAAUCGCGCUCGCUCAGCUUCGUGGUGCGACUCAGUUACGACUUACCCCCAUCAACCCCUGCAACAGCUCGUGCCCGGAGCUGAUCGCCGAUUUGCACCAGGGCGAAAUGCUCGUUUUCACGAACGUGAUGUGGACGCUCGAGUACGCGCCGAUGCGUGGCCUGGACAACAUCGCCAUACUCACGGAAACUGUUUGGGAGGAAGACACCUAGAUUAUCUCUCAUCCACAGAGAGAUCGUCAUCGUCGUUUGGUCGACCAAAUCAUAUCCUUUAGACCGUUAUUACGCCAACAGCUAUCGACAAUUAUCAAUCGACUGUAAUACUCUUCCCAUUAUAUAAUAUUCACACGAAAUAAAGAUUGAGCAUUCUGGUU